AUGCAAGGACCACACAGAAUAAACCCCGCCAGCGGACUUCAAAAUACUUGGAGAGCCGACUCAGGAAUCAACGCCCCUCUUCCAAAUGUCGUGCAGCAAACUGAUGAGGGAAGAAAACGGUUCCAUUGCACCUUAAGCAACAAAAAGUUUUCACCAGCUCGUGUAUCCACGGCUGUCAAAGAUAUUCGCAAAGAAUUUGCAUCUGGACGCGAUCCUUUGUAUUUUGAUAAAAAUAAAUUAAUUCAUCUCUUAUCAAAUUCAUUCGUGAAUGCUCCUCUCUUAUUUACGAAUGAUAACAAACUAGCACCGCAUUAUUAUUAUCAUCGAUUUCAUAUAGGAAAGAACCACUCCAACACUAGGUUUCGCCCAUAUCCUAAAUCGGACAGCGGAGAACCGGGUGGGCUUUUUGAAGUAAAAAACUUCACUUAUUACAUUAUUAUCGACAAUCAAGGCAGUGCUGUGGCUAUUAUGUACAAGAUGAUAGGAAAACCCCAAGGUGCUUAUGGAUAUUAUAUCAACGGCGAGUCGAUUGCAGAAAUAACAGGUAGCGAAAAAUUAUGCAGCAUUGAACUGUAA